AUGGUUUUAUUGGCGGUCCGCAAUAGGAGAUAUCUUAAUAGCUGCUGUAUGGGGACGUUAUGCUUGCAGUUGUUGCUGUGGAUUUUAUGUGCCGUGAACGGAGAGGAGCAGCCGUUCAGUGUAGAGGCAUGGCUCCAGAGGUAUGGCUACCUCCCUCCUGCAGACCCCAGAAUGUCGGUGCUGCGUUCUGCUCGAGUCAUGCAGUCCGCUAUCGCUGCCAUGCAGCGCCGCUACGGCCUCAAUGUCACAGGCUCUCUGGACAGCAGCACUAUAGGGUGGAUGAAGAAGCCCAGAUGUGGGGUUCCUGACCAGGUGGGAGGUGCAUCCAAAUUCAGCGUCAGGAAACGGCGGUACGCCCUCACAGGACAGAAGUGGCAACACAAACAUAUCACAUACAGCAUAAAGAACGUGACACCCAAAGUGGGCGCAGAGGAGACCCACGAUGCCAUUCGGCGAGCCUUUGACGUUUGGCAAAAUGUGACGCCGCUGCGCUUUGAGGCUGUGCCCUACAGCGAGCUGGAGAGGACCAAGAAAGACGUGGACAUCACCAUCAUCUUCGCUUCGGGUUUCCAUGGCGACAGCUCGCCCUUUGACGGCGAGGGUGGCUUCCUGGCCCACGCCUACUUCCCAGGGCCGGGAAUAGGAGGCGACACACACUUUGACUCGGAUGAACCGUGGACACUGGGAAACCCCAACCAUGACGGUAACGAUUUGUUCCUGGUGGCGGUCCACGAGCUCGGUCACGCGCUGGGUCUCGAACACUCCAACGACCCCACGGCCAUCAUGGCUCCUUUCUACCAGUACAUGGACACGGACAACUUCAAACUGCCCAUGGACGACCUGCUGGGCAUCCAGAAGAUUUAUGGGCCUCCUGAUAAGCUUCCCCAGCCCACCAAGCCUUUGCCGACGGCGCCACCUCCCCGCUCCCAUCCUCCAUCAGACCCCCGUAAGCCAGACAGGCAGACACGACCUCCGAGGCUGCCCCCAGGAGACAGGCCGUCCCACCCCAACGCUAAACCCAACAUCUGCGAUGGAGGCUUCAACACCCUCGGCAUACUGAGGAGAGAGAUGUUCGUCUUCAAGGAUCACUGGUUUUGGCGGGUGAGGGAUAACUCGGUGAUGCCAGGAUACCCCAUGCUCAUCAGUGUUUUCUGGAGAGGCCUGCCGCCCAAGAUAGACGCCGUCUAUGAGAACAGCGAGGGCAAGUUUGUCUUCUUCAAAGGGAAGCAGUUCUGGGUGUUUAAGGACACCGUGUUGCAGUCUGGAUACCCUCAGGACAUCGCCCAGUUCGGCCACGGCAUGCCGGCCCAGAGCAUCGAGACCGCCGUGUGGUGGGAGGAUGUGGCCAAGACCUACUUCUUUAAAGGGGACAGGUACUGGCGUUACAAUGAGGAAAUGAGAACCAUGGACCCCGGCUAUCCGAAGCCUGUGACAGUGUGGAGAGGUGUGCCUGAUUCGCCACAGGGGGCCUUCGUCGACAAAGCCAAUGGUUUCACCUACUUCUACAAGGGUAAGGAGUACUGGAAGUUCAACAACCAGCUCCUUCGAGUGGAGCCGGGCUACCCGCGCUCCAUCCUCAAGGACUUCAUGGGCUGCGAUCUGACGCCCAUCGACCCCGCCCGGCCGCCGGCCGACGACGACGGCAACUCGGACGUGGUGAUCGAGCUGGACAACGAGACGAACACGGUGAAGGCCAUCGCCAUCGUCAUCCCCUGCGUGCUCGCGCUGUGCCUGCUGGUGCUGAUCUACACUGUGGUGCAGUUCAAGAGGAAGGGUACGCCGCGCCACAUACUGUACUGCAAACGCUCCAUGCAGGAGUGGGUCUGA